AUGUCAUUCCUAAAUGGUACCAGCCUAACUCCAGCUUCAUUCAUCUUAAAUGGCAUCCCUGGGCUGGAAGAAGUGCAUUUGUGGAUCUCCUUCCCCCUGUGCACCAUCUACAGCAUUGCCAUCACAGGGAACUUUGGCCUUAUGUACCUCAUUUACUCUGAAGAAGCCUUACACAGACCUAUGUACAUCUUCCUAGCGCUCCUUUCCUUCACGGAUGUGCUCAUGUGCACCAGCACUCUUCCCAACAUCCUCUUCAUAUUGUGGUUCAACCUCAAGGAGAUUGACUUUAAGGCCUGCCUGGCCCAGAUGUUCUUUGUACACACUUUCACAGGGAUGGAGUCUGGUGUGCUCAUGCUUAUGGCCCGGGACCGCUAUGUGGCCAUCUGCUACCCCCUGCGCUAUGCCACCUUGCUCACUAAUGCAGUCAUUGCCAGGGCUGGACUCCUCACUUUUCUUAGAGGUGUGAUUCUUGUUAUC